UCCUGAUUAAUAAUUUGUAAGAGGGAACACUUUAUUCAAGUCCAAUUUUUAGCAGGUCAAGAUGAAUCUGGAGAGCUACUUUAAGAGGAUUGGUUUUAAUGGGCCAUUUGACAAACCAGACCUUGAAACCCUGAAGAAUGUUCACAAGCAACACACCCUGUCAAUCCCAUUUGAAAACCUCAGCAUUCACUGUGGAGAGAGGAUCACCAUGGACCUUGAGUUCAUUUACACCAAGAUUGUGAGGAGCAAUCGAGGAGGCUGGUGCUGUGAAAACAAUCUGCUUUUCUCCUGGGUGCUCAAGGAGAUGGGAUAUAAUUACACAACACUGGGAUCAAGAGUGUACAACAGCUUCAAAAAGGAAUUUAACCCAAGAGAAACCCAUCUUAUCAACAAGGUGAUCAUAGAUGGAAAGGAAUACAUAGCUGAUGUCAGCUAUGGGGUGUCUGGUCAAAUACGGCACCCCCUCGAACUCAUCUCUGGGAAAGAUCAACCCCAGCUCCCCGGUGUCUUCCGCUUGGUAGAGGAAAGUGGUGUAUGGACCUUACAGAAAACUGGAAGAAAGCCACUUAUUCCAAAUGAGAGCUUUACCAGUUCUGAUCUUCUGAACAAGAGCAUAACAAAAAAACUGUACUGCUUCACCCUAACACCACGUGGGGUGGACCAUUUCCUGGAAACCAUACAAUUCCUCCAGACCUCUCCAGAAUCUCUAUUCACUCACAAAUCCAUCUGCUCCCUGCAGACACCAACUGGAUUUCGAGCACUUGUUGGCUGGACAUACAGUGAGGUCACGUACAAUCACCAGGAAGGAAUUGAUCUGUUUGAGAUGAAUGAUAUACCCAAUGAUGAAAUAGACAAGGUACUGAAGGAAAAGUUUGGUGUGGUGUUAAAGAAUAAACUUACUCCCAUAAACAACAAAGCUUGUUACACCAUUUGA